AUGCCGGCACCGCUGGUCAAAGUCUUGCACCGUCUGCAAGAGCUCUUCCAGAACGUGGUUGCCGCCCUCGAGACCAUGAUCCUCUUCCCUUCACUCUUCCGAGGCUUCGGCCACAAGCACCGCAAGCCCUUCCUGGGCGCCCACUGGCGUCGUCGCACCCUCGAUGAUUUCGCCGGCGAGGUCGAGACCCUGUUUACCACACCCCUGUCAACCGCAAAGAUGAUCGAUAUAUUCGCGCGCAGUUUCGCCAUUGUCUACAAGAUAGUCCCUGCAAUAUGCUCCUCCUCCUAUACCCACUCUCUCCCGAGCGGCAACGAAAAAGGCACCUACCUGGCCCUGGAUGUGGGGGGAUCAACAUUCCGAGUUGCUCUGAUUGAAUUGUAUGGACGGGAGGAGGAAAUGCGUAUCGUGCGGGUCGCAUCAUCGUAUAUCGAUAAUAGCGUGAAGUUGUUGGAGGGGACCCAGUUCUUCGACUGGAUGGCUGGACAGAUCGAAAAUAUGCUAAAGGACGUGGGAACGGAUUACGGACGCGGCGAAAUCGCCCUACCAAUCGGACUCUCCUGGUCAUUCCCGAUCGAUCAGACCUCGACCAGCAGUGGGUUGGUGAUUCACAUGGGCAAGGGUUUCCACUGCUCAAACGGCACCGUUGGACAGGAAUUGGGCCAGCUCUUGAUCGAUUCGUGUCGGAGGCGCAGCCUGAAUGUGGAAAUGGCCGCCAUUGUCAACGAUAGCUCUGCUGCUCUGCUGUCGCGUGCGUACGUUGAUCCCAAGACACGCAUGUCCUUGAUUUUGGGAACCGGCACCAACAUGGCCAUUCACUUCCCCGUGCACGAAAUUGGACGUACAAAGUUUGGAGUUCGCCCCGAUGGAUGGUUCGAUUAUGCCAAGCAUGUUAUUGUCAACACGGAGCUGAGCAUGUUUGGUGGAGGCGUUUUGCCGAUGACUCGCUGGGAUGAUGUUCUGAACCGCACCCACCUACGUCCCGACUAUCAGCCGUUGGAAUACAUGAUUACUGGUCGUUAUCUCGGCGAGGUUGUUCGUUUGAUCAUCGUGGAGGCGGUGGAAACCGCAGCUCUAUUCAAGGGUGAGCUGCCGCACUCCAUGCGCGAGCCGUAUUCUCUGGACACUAGCAUUGUUGCAUUCAUUGAGGAAGAUUCCUCCGUUUCUCUGGCGCCCUCUGCCGCUCUCCUCCAAAAGGAGCACACUUUUCCCAGUUAUCCCUCCGUUGAAGACCUGCGCUUCCUCCGCCGUGUCUGUCAAGUGGUCUCCCGCCGCGCCGCUGGAUAUCUGGCCACCGGUAUCCACAGCAUGUGGUGUCUAGGCAACGAAGCCGAAUCCCCCGCAACUUCGUCCGUAACCGACUCUCUGAAAGAAGCUCCCGAAAUCACCGUCAUCGAGAGUGCAGAGUCCGCAAAGAAGGUUUCCAUUGCAUGCGAUGGUACCGUCAUCAACAAAUACCCCGGCUUUCGGGACACAUGCCAGGAUUAUCUGGAUGCAUUGUCCGAGCGAUCCCACCCCGGUUCUCAGUGUGCUAUUAGCCUUGACCCCGCUCCCGAGAGUGCCAUCUUAGGUGCAGCAGUAGCAGUAGCCGUGGCCGUGGCUGAAAAGGCCGGGCAACGGUAG